AUUUAUACCCUUUUUAUAGUAAUUUAUCCCACUCAGUUGAUGCUUUUGGUAGUCUGCCAAGAUGAAACACCUUUCUUUAGCAAUUAUUUUUGUUGCGGCCCUUCACAGUGCGAACUCUGUCCAUUUGGGCAGUCGCAUUGUCGGCGGGGAAGAAUCUACCCCCGGCGCUUACCCGUGGCAAGUAUUCGUUGAGGGCGUUGCGAAUGGCCAGGCUAUCUCAGGAUGCGGCGGAACCAUAAUUUCUGACAGACAUGUUUUGACUGCAGCUCAGUGCUUUGACGGCGCUCAAAUUGCCCGCAUGUACUUUGGCUCGUUCAAUAUCACAGCUUCAGAUGAACCAAAUCGAGUGCUCAUGGAAACCAGUGACUUCACGACUCACCCUGAUUUCAACAGUGUGUAUGACAAUGAUAUCGCUGUCAUAACCCUUCCUAGAACUCUCGAACUCAAUGAAUUUAUUGCGGUUGCAAAUCUCCCUUCUGGAGCUGACAUUGAAAGCGAUUUCAUUGGCACGGAAGGUCUUCUUGCUGGUUGGGGCUCACCUGAUGGCACCAACUCUUUGAGCCCAACUCUGCGCUUCACUCGCAACACGGUGAUUGAAAAAGUCGACUGUGAGGCCCAUUACGGUGUUGACUGGAUGGGUCCCGGCAAGCUUUGCAUCGAAACCCAAGACUUGAAUGGACCUUGUUAUGGUGAUGCUGGAAGCGGUCUGAUCCGCGAAAGCGAUAAAACGAUCAUUGGUACCUUUUCCUUCCUGGACACAAGAGGCUGCUUGGAUGGUUUCGCAGUUGGUUUCAUCCGGGUUGGUCAGUUCGUUGACUGGAUUAAUGGAAUUGUAGGUGCAUAGAAUAUCAAAUGAAAUUGUGACUCAGUGAUGAAAAAUUAAUAAAA